AUGGCUGGUUCAAGCUCGAACGGGAUGGCUGGUUCAAGCUCGAGCGGGGAAAAGACGGUCAACCGUCCCGGCGGCUUCCUACAGAGUAUCACAGAAAACCCAUAUCCUCAAAGUAACAGUGAUGCCUUUCUUGAAAGUUCUCGUGAUGAUUUUGUAGAUAAUCUAGCUAAAUUUGUUGCCCUUGAGAAUCUCCCUCUUAAUUUUGGCAAGAAACCCACUUUUGAAAAUCUCUGCCUGUCGUUAAACCCUGCUGCCGAACGUGUUCCAACUUCUGCGCUCGAGUACAGACUCACAAAUUUAUAUUCAGAAGGCAGAUACGGUUUGAUCGACCAAUUUGCAGCUGUCAAGUGUAAAGUUUCUUUGUCUGUUGAAAUUUGGUGCGAUUUUUGGCAAGUGCAUUCGUAUGUUUCGGUUACUUGUCACUGGGUAGAUGAUUCUUGGUUCGUCCAGAGAAGAUUGCUGGCGUUCAGAAUGAUCGUAGGAGAGCGCACGGCUGAAAGCAUUUGUCGAACCAUACAGUCGGUGUUGGACGAAUACGAAUUAACGGGUAAGAUCUUUGCGGUAUUGUUGGAAUGUAUUGGUUCAAAUAUUGAUAGUGUGGAGGAUCUAAAGGCUGCGAUCGAGUCCUCGGUUGGUUGUAAAGUCUUUCCUUUUAUAGAUGCAUGCCGGGUUUUAAGUUUAUGUGCACGAGAUGGGUUACAGCACGUCGAACUUCAGCUAAGACCCAUUAGGCAAGCGAUUGGAUAUUUGUGGUCGAACCCACGAGUAAUGAAGCACUGGGGUAAAUUUUGCAAAGCCAACAGUAUGGAGCCCGAGAAAUUUUCACGAGAGGUCCCAACACGUUGGGACUCGACGUUUUUGUUAUUACAAAAGUCUCUCGAGUACAAAGAGCUGUUGAGCGCAUUUUUCGCGGAAAAUGUCAAAGAAAUACACUUGUGUCCAAAUCAAUGGGUGGUGUGCGAAAAGUUAGUCCCGGUCAAAGAUGAGCAUUCCCCUGAACCAACUCUUAUCGAGAACGACGUUAGAGAGCACUUGAAUAAUUUCUACCACGAGUACAAGGCCAAGUAUGGUGAAAAGUUUACCGAACCCGAAAGACAGGAUACUGGGGAUAAGGAUACUGGGGAUAGUGCGAAGAAGUUCAAUACCUAUGAAGAUUUUAUGAAGAAAGUGUUUGAAAAGAAGAGAAGAGAAAGGAAAAAAUUCCUAGAACACGAGCUCGAGAAUUAUCUAGAGAAUCCGUUCACUGCUAAUAUCGAGCAUGUGCUACAAUGGUGGCAUGCAAGUGAAGACAAGUUCCCGGUAAUAUCACGGAUGGCAAAAGAGGUUCUCGCUUGUCCGGCCUCGACAGUUUCCCUGGAGCAAGUAUUUCACACAGGAGGCAACAUAUUGAGCGAGAAACAAUCAACUAUGUCUCCCGAUUGCUUAGAGGCCCAAUUAUGUCUAGGUGACUGGAUCAAGGCUGGGAAGAUAACGCAUACGAGGGACCGAGCAAUCCUUAUAUGGUGGAGUAAACCAGACGACUCUCAGUAA